AUGUCGUCGUUCCGGCAGUUUGUCUGGGAUCCAGUGCUUCUCAUCAGUCAAAUGACAUGCCUUCAGACAUUUUUCUAUGCAUCACAGAUGUCACUGAUGUUGUUCUCUAGUUUCUUCGGACACGAACCACUCAUAUCUUCAGUGUUUUCAAUUCAGAUGCAACGUUCCAUGGCUCUCAUACAGCUGAUCGCAGCAGUUGGUGUUUCCUUCGCUUUAUCAUACUUGGUUCAAAGAGCAAAACAGUGCCUAGAUUUUGCUUGUACUGUACAUUUUUUCCAUUUAAUAUGCACAACGAUCUACAAUCGGACACUACCCACUCACUUCACAUGGUGGAUACUUCAAGUAAUUUCAACAACAGUGUGCACAGUUCUCGGAGAGUAUCUUUGUAUGCGAAUCGAAUCACAGGAAAUCAAACUAGAGGGCGGUCCAUCACGAUACAAUUUAUAA